GAGGAAAAUAUUUACUACUACCUGUGAUUGGCUGGGUAGGCCUGACGAGCGAGGGAUUGCUUAUUGCCGCCACUGGAGCCGCCACAACAGGGCGGAGGUAGGAAUUCAGUUACUAGUAGCGGUCCCGCCAAGCUUUCCAGCCAUGAGAGCGUUUUUGCAGUGUAUAGAAAAGGGAUUCUGAAGGCGAGUCGUGAGGGUGAAGCAUUCAGAUAUGAUACCUUCAGCCUCAUGGAACUAAUUUCACCUGUAUCUCAGAACCAAAGAGGUGUUUUGGGGAAAAUGGUGCCCUUGAGCUUUCCUCCAUCAAAGUUUGCACUUUGGAAUCCAGCUCCUGUUGGAGAAAGCGCUGUCUCUCACCUAAGUUAUAGAAAUCCCAAGGUAGUCAUCACUGAGAAAACAGUUCGACUGACCCAUCGUCAUGCUAAGCAAAGUCGAAGAAAACCCUUCACCUGUUUUUUAGUUGGAACUCUUGCAUUAGAUGAAGAUGAUGGUGUAUUACUAACAAUAGAUCGUUUUGAUCCGGGACGUGAAGUAACUAAUGGCUUCGGCAAAGUACCCACAGCACCUCUUCCGGGAGACUUUUUGAUUCCAUGUACUUUCAGUGCUUGGGGAUCUUCAUCAGGUGAUGUCAUAGUGCACAAUUCUGAAGAUUUCAGCUUGGCUUUUAAGAUACUGCAAAGGAAUCUGAACAGCCAAGAUUCUUUGGAUCCUUCCAAAUUGCUGACUUUAAGAGUUCAUAUCUCUUCAACAGAGGAUAUGGACAACCUGAACUUUGAUUUUCACUGGGCAGCUAUUACUUUAGCCAAUGCCUUAAAAUACACUCCUGUGAAAUCUGUUCCAAUAAUUCCUACAGCCCUUGCUAGAAAUUUAAGCAGUCAUAUGAGCAUUGCACAAGUUCAAGGUACCUGCAAAUGUGGGUAUCUUACAAUGGACCAGACCAGAAAACUCCUUCUAAUUCUGGAAUCUGAUCCCAAAGCUUAUACUUUGCCACUGAUUGGCAUUUGGUUGAGUGGAAUCUCUCAUAUCUACAGCCCUCAAGUCUGGACUUACAGUCUGCACUACUUAUUCAGCUCUUCAAUACAAGACAGGGUGCUUUCAGAAUCAGGAAGUUUUCUUAUAGUCCUUUAUUCUCUGAUGCAUAAAGAUCCAGAGUUUUAUGAAUGCCUUCCUUGUGGUGGACAUACUGAACUAGGUUUCCAGCUACUUACAAGCAAAGAAACAUUACAUUUCUUCAAAAAUGUGGAGCCUUCAGAUAAAUACCCUAUCCAAUUUGUUCUAAGUUCAGAAAAUAAAAAUGCAGAAAUGGAGUUCUUCAGUAAAAUUUCAAAGAAUGUUUCCUUUAGCAGCCCAUCUCAAGGUUCUUCACCUAGUAAACUGUCUGUUAGUGAUCAUGAUUCUGGUGUGGAAGAUGAUGCAUCCCCAAGAUCAUUUCCCCGUCCUCACCCAGUGAGUCAACAGAUGACUGAGAUCCAGCCUUCAGUUCCUGAACUGUCAAUUGUAUUUGAUGGUGUCUCUACAGACUCUGUACCAACAUCCAAACAUGUAAUGAUGGAUAAAAAAAAACAGCCUUCAUUUGGACAUCUGCCUGCUAAGACAGCAUGCCCCAUAGGGCAUCCACCCUGCCAACCUCAGAGCUCUGACUGUGGGAGGCAAAUCUUGGGUCCAUGUGUCAGAGAACCUUCUACAAGGCAGUUACCAAGCCAGUUAAAACAGAGAAUGCCAGUUUUAAAACCUUGCAAAGGGAAAAAAAACCCACUUCAACAGCAGCCCAAUUGUGGUAUAGUUGGGUCUCAAGCAAGAAAGAGCUCUGGACCUUCUUCCUCUUCUCCUUCACCUCCUUGUAGCGGGCUGUCUCCCAACACAUCCUCACAUCAACUUGGAACACCUUCUGAAAGAUACUUGACAAGUAAUGAUGCUAUACAAAAGAAAGGAGAGCUUCCUUUUAGUGGACCCUUGGCACCUAAUUCUAAACAAUCUCCUGUAGCUUCCCACCCUUCUUGGCACAGCUGUGCUGUAUCACCUUCACACAUGAGAAGGUCUGUGGAAUUUGGGAUACCAGUUCAAGGCCCACCUUGCUGUUCUCACUGUGUCUGCAGCUGUCAGCUACGUGACCAUAUACAAUACAGUACAGCAAAUGUUUGGCAAGGGAUGUAUAAAAUGGAUUCUGGUCACACAUCUGAAGUCCAGUCAAGUAGUGCCCAGGAAAGUACACAAUUAAUGUUCCAUCAAAAUAUAGAAUGCACAGAUCUUUGCUGCAAUCCAGAAUGUACCACAAGUAGUCCUAUGAACCUUGGGCAUCAUGGAAUAAUGGGGAACUGUUCCCCCCUUAGUGAUAACAUGCCAGCUACAGUAAAGAUUUCUUCUCCAGCAGACCGUGGCAAUGCACUAUCUCAUGUAGUGUACCCACCUUGUAUGCACACUCCUGCACCAAAAAUGGUGCAAGAUAAUGGAAUAAUGGGCUUAUCUUCAGAGGUUUACAAAAUUCUUGCUGAACAAGAUAGGCAGAUCAAACUGCUACAAGUUCAGAUCCAGCGGCUUUUAGAAGCACAAACUCUUCAGCCCUGUUCUACCAAGACAAUAGCAAACAGAAGCAUACAGUCUGAGAAACAACUAGAAUUUGUUGCCAUGGAAACCCAAUCCUCGCCAGGGUUACAUAUGAAGAAAAGCGUCAGCAUUGCAGUAAGCACAGGUGCUAGCUUGAUCUGGAAUGCCACUUUGGAAAGUAAGAAUGAGCCUGUGAAACAAGAUGAUGUUGAAAUAUCCAAUGAAGACAUUAAUAUUUCUAUGAAUACUGAGAAGAACAGUACUCAAACAAGCAUUGCCUCUUCAUUAAAAGCUGUUGACAUACCCAGCUUUGUUGACAGCAUUCAUAUUGUAGAAGAAGGACACAGUCGACCCCCUGGACUCUGCAGUGGGCCAGGGUUGGCUUCUACCUCAGUGAUGAAUGAAAGUGUCAGCAUGUGCUUACAGACCAGGCCACUGGACAGACCUGACAGUCAUUUGGUAGGAGUUAAUGAACAAAACAUAGAGCAUAUGAUCACUUACCUGCCAAAUGCUCCACCAGAUGACCAGAAGUUUUACCAGGAUAUAUUGGGUCAAGUAAACCACUUCCUGAAGGAAUCUUCUGAAGAAAACAGUUCCUCUAAACAGAAGGACCUUGUGAGCAAUGAAUGUACCACAACUUCAAAAAUGAGCAAGACCGAAAGAAGAGACUCAGCCAGUCCUGAUCAAGUCCCAAGAGAUAAAGAUAUUGUUCUGAAUGCAACCUUGAAACAACUGAGGAACCUUGGAGUGAAAUUUGACUCUCCUGACACGAUGAUGAACAGUGCACGCAAAGUAGACAAUGCCAGUAUAUUGGCCUGUAUUAAUCCUGAAGCAGUAGUCCCAGGUCUAAACUACAUCUCCUUUGCUAAUGUUGGCUUGAGUGGUUUGACUCCUAAUGGAGUAGAUCUGAGUAUGGAGGCAAAUGCUAUUGCUCUCAAGUACCUAAGCGAAAGUCAACUGUCACAGCUUUCUCUGAGUAAUUCAAGCCAAAAGAAUUCCAUGGCUUCGUCUGUACAGACUCUCCUGCACACUAAUACAGAUAAGACUUUGGUGGGCUUUGGUUUAAUUUCUCCAAGCAAUAUGUCUUUUGCAACCAAGGAGUACAUGAAAAGGUAUAAACUCUUACAAAGCAGUGAUAGUGAUGAUGAAGAGGAGCAGCAGAUUGAAUACAGAAGAGGAGAGAACAUACAACCUGUCCUACAGCUGAAUUUAAACCCUGCUUUAGAGGGCUUUGGUUGCCAGAAAGACUGUCAUGAAAGAGCAAGUGAGAAACUACCUGUUAAUCCAACACAUUGUGAAACUGAACUAACUAGUAGUCACCUGUCAAAUCCAGAAGGCCCUAUAUUAAGAAAUGUUACAAAUGCAGUCCUUCCACUCAGGAUCCUGCAUCAGUCAAGUGAAAGUUCACAUCCAGUUUUAAAAGACUUGAACCCAAAAAUGAAAAAUCUACUUGGAAAAGCAGAGUUUACUCAGCAUCCUGACAAAGAGAAUCUAGAUAUUCAGAUUAUAUCUGAAACUACACAAGCAGACAACAUGAAUUCAGUGGGUACUUUUCUUAAUGUACAGCAGCUCAGACAGUUACCAAAGUUAUUCUAAUGUGUGCGUUGCUGGCAACUAGCUGUUUGCAGGACUUCUCAAUAUUUGAACCAGUUUUCUUUUGUUCAGUGGAAUCAAGAGAAGCCACUGACUAUCAUAGUCAAUCGAGUUGCCUGUCAUGAUGGCUUGGUUGUUGCAUGCAAAAUAAAUAUUUGCACCUUUAGGUGUCCUUGCACUCUAAAAUCUCAGUGAAUCUAAUCUAUGUGUAAUAUGUGACAUAAUUAUUUAAAACAAAUGCUGACUCUUGAAUUUCUCAAAUGAAACUGGGGCUACUUCAAUGCUGAAGCAGAAAGUGGGUUUAAGAUGAAAUCAGUUUGGUUACUCAGUUUAAAGCAUUACUUUUUUUAGCCUAUCCAAGCAUUAGGAUAAUGCACUUCAUUAGAUAGCCCUCAUUCUUACAUGAAUUUGAAAUAAAAUUUCAUAAUGAUUACUUGUGAUCAUGAAACCAACACGGUCAGCUGAUGUUAUCCUUAUGUGUUUUGACUUGUAUAAACAUAAAGAUAAUGGAUAAAUUGCUGAACUGUAUCUGCUGUUUGUGUUUGAACUUAACACUUUUUAAAUGUCUAAACAAAAUGCUUGACUCUUUUUGUAAUAUGCAAAUUUGUGAAACUCAGGGUUUUUAAAAAUUAAACUUAGUUACCUUUA